CCUCCUCGGACACCCCAAAGUCCCCCCAGACCCCACAGGGACCCCCCAGACCCCACAGGGACUCCCCAGACCCCCCAAAAACCCCCCAAAAAAGGCCUCCAGACACCCCAAAGACCCCCUGAAGGACCCCCAGAAACCCCAAGGGGGCCCCCAGACCUGCCGAGAAGCCCCAAAGAUGCCCCAAGGAUCCCACCCCCUUCAGGACUCCCAGACCCCACAGGGACCCCCCCAGACCCCUAA